UCCUCCCCGCCAGCCGCCUGGGGGGAGGGGGGCAGCCAGCACCAUGUGGGCCACUCAACUCCUGCCCGCCUUGCUGCUCCAUCAGCUGCUGCUGCUUCCCAUCACCAUCCCCGUGGCAGAGUGUAGAGGAAAAAGAAGAAACCCUCUUCAUGACUUCAAAAAAACAGGAGAGUUGAUGCUCAUUAAAGUAAACAAAACACUGGAAGUAAAAACCAAGCUGUUAAACACCACUGAGCAAUGUGCCAAGAGAUGCAGCAGGAACAAAGGUCUUUUAUUCACUUGCAAGGCCUUUGCUUAUGACAGAGUUACAAAACGGUGCCAUUGGUUAUCCUUCAACAGCUUGACAAAUGGUGUGAGAAAGAAGCAAGACCAUGCUUUUGAUCUGUAUGAAAAGAAGGACUAUGUCAGGAAUUGUAUCAUCGGAAAAGGAGCAGACUACAAAGGAACAGUAUCUGUUACCAAAAGUGGUAUCCAAUGUCAAGCCUGGAAUUCAAUGAUCCCCCAUGAGCACAGCUUUUUGCCUUCGAGCUAUCGGGGUAAAGACCUGCGGGAAAACUACUGUCGAAACCCCCGAGGGGAAGAGGGAGGGCCGUGGUGCUUCACCACCAGUCCAGAGACGCGCCAUGAAGUCUGUGACAUCCCCCUCUGCUCACAAGUUGAAUGCAUGACCUGCAAUGGAGAAAGUUACAGAGGGCCAAUGGAUCACACUGAGACAGGCAAGGAGUGUCAGCGCUGGGAUCUUCAGAGACCACACAAGCACAAAUUUCGUCCAGAGAGAUACCCUGACAAGGGCUUUGAUGAUAAUUACUGCCGCAAUCCUGAUGGCAAGCUGAGACCAUGGUGUUACACUCUUGACCCUAACACCCCCUGGGAGUUCUGUGCAAUUAAAACAUGUGAUGAAAGAGUCAUGAACAGCACAGAGGUAGCAUCUGAGACGUCAACAUGCAUACAGGGACAAGGUGAGGGUUACCGUGGCACAGUGAACACCAUAUGGAGUGGGAUCCAGUGCCAGCGGUGGGACUCCCAGUUUCCUCAUCAGCACAACAUUACUCCUGAGAACUUCAAGUGCAAGGAUUUGAGGGAGAACUACUGCAGAAAUCCAGAUGGAUCUGAAUCACCCUGGUGUUUUACCACUGACCCAAACAUCCGUAUUGGUUAUUGCUCCCAGAUUCCUAAGUGCGAUGUAUCAAAUGAGCAAGAUUGUUAUCGUGGCAAUGGAAAGAGUUACAUGGGGAACCUAUCCAAGACAAGAUUUGGGCUAACUUGCUCCACAUGGGACAAGAAUAUUGAAGACUUACGUAGGCAUAUACAAAUAUUCAGAGAACCAGAUGUUAGUAAACUGAAGAAAAACUAUUGCCGCAAUCCAGAUGAUGAUUUUCAUGGUCCCUGGUGUUACACAGAUGAUCCUCUCGUUCCCUGGGAUUACUGCCCUAUUUCUCGAUGUGAAGGGGAUACAACUCCUACUACAACCAGCUUGGAUGAUACUGUCAUUCCUUGUGCCUCAACAAAACAUUUGAGAGUUGUAAAUGGAAUCCCGACACAAACUAACGAAGGAUGGGUGGUUAGCUUGACAUACAGGAAUAAGCAUAUCUGUGGAGGUACUUUGAUAAAGGAAGAGUGGGUUCUAACAGCAAGGCAGUGUUUCCCUUCUCGGUACAAAGAUUUGAAAGAUUACAAAGCCUGGCUUGGAGUCCAUAAUAUCAAAGGAAAGGGAGAGGAGAAGCACAGGCAAGUUCUGAAUAUCUCCCAGUUGGUAUAUGGCCCUGCAGGAUCAGAUUUGGUCUUACUGAAACUUAGCAGACCUGCCAUAUUGACAAAUUUUGUAGAAAUAAUCCGAUUGCCCAUUUCUGGAUGUACCAUUCCAGAGAAGACCAGUUGCAGUGUUUAUGGAUGGGGAUACACUGGAUUAAUUAACUACGAUGGUCUUCUUCGGGUAGCAAAUCUGUUUGUUUUGGGAAAUGAGAAAUGCAAUCAGUAUCUCAAAGGGAAGAUCAUUGUGAAUGAGUCAGAAAUCUGUGCUGUGGCUGAAACCAUUGGUGCUGGGCCUUGUGAGAGAGAUUAUGGUGGUCCUUUGGUUUGUGAACAAAACAGACUGAAGAUAGUAGUUGGUGUCAUUGUUCCUGGCCGUGGAUGUGCCAUUCGAAAUCGUCCUGGGAUUUUUGUUCGAGUCUCAUAUUAUUCCCGGUGGAUACACAAGAUUAUGAUGACCUACAGAAAACCCUGAAAACUUGACAACUUCCAUUCAGAGAAAGAUUUUGGACAGCAUGGAAUUAAUGUGUAAUGUAAAGAUCAACAAUUUUUUAACUACUUGAUAGUCAAGUUCAUUGAGCUUCUUUUAGUAUUUAUGGGUGGUUUUGGUGUUUUUGUCUAUCAAUCAGUGUUGUUUUAUAAAUGUUGGAGUGACUUACAGUAUAUGCAAGUAUGGUGACAUAUCUCCUGAAGAUACUUGAAUGGGUAAAAAAUUUUGCAAAAACGUUACUGGAUGAUAAAGGUUUCUUAGGAAUAGAUCAUAUGACCUCUUUUAUGCUGCUCUUCAGAUUAUUUUAGGAGGAGAAUCGAAUCACAGUUUUAUUUAUCACGUCUUAUUCUUUCUAUGAGCCGUAUAUUUCUCUUCGUAUAUUACAAAAGACCUAUUGAGAGAUAUAUGCAUCUGUCAAGGACAGCAUACAUGAUCAUGUUUCUCUUUAGCCCUUAUAAGAGGUCAAUAUUUCAUUAAAAAAUAAUCUCUUUAGAAAUUAAUCUUUUCAUUAUUGAUGGACUUUGACAAGCCUGCUGCAAGCAGAGUUCUCAUAGAAGUCAAUAUAACUUCCUUUUACAUAGUGGUUAUAGAGCCUAAUUCUGCACUUAGUUCCUCCAGUGCGUAUGUGGUCCCAUAAUAGAGAUCUCAAAAUCCCUUUUGGAUGAAGGAUGAGACAUAAAAGUGGAUUGGU